AUGUCGAGCAUCAAAGAUAUAAUGGACGUCGAUGUGGAGCCUCUUCAAUCGCAAGCCUAUAGAAGGAAUAAGGAAGCCGCUCAACAACAAGCCUCCUUCCGACCAUCCACCACCACAUCAACCGAAGCUAUAUCACCUCCGACCGACGACAACGACGACCAUCAUACCACCGAGGCUCGUGGAGGGGAACAUCCCAUUAAACGUCGCCGUUCGCACCGUACCUCGACUGGUUUGCAACAGACUUCUCAGGGUGCCGGCCGGCGCAAGAGUGCCACAGGUCAAGAGAUGGAUUCGUAUUCGAGCUAUUCGGGGGGCAUGGGCACUGGAUCGGCCAGUGGCUCAGGAACACCGCAACAGAUGUCGAGAGCGUCAGAUCCGGGGUCAGACAUUCCAGUCAAGUACACGCCAGUCACCGGUCGUAUCAGCAGGGCAAAGAAAGGCGUUCCCGUUCAUACUUGCGGUCUUUGCCGACCGGCGAAGACCUUCACCAGAGCCGAGCAUUUGAGGCGACAUCAAUUAAGCCAUCAGAAGCCAGCGUAUGGUUGCACCUUUGAAAACUGCGAGAGAGCUUUUCACAGACCAGAUUUGCUAGCGCGUCACAUGCACCGACAUGAAACCCAGGGCGAGAAAGCCUACGUAUCUGGAGAUCGCAGCCGCGAACCUUCAAGCGCCUCUGAAAGCCAACCGCUAGCCAUCAAAACGGAACCCAUGGGGGACCAGAGAUUCGGAAGUGCUCCAGAUUCCGCGGCGGACUCUUCUACCCCUCGGACGACCAUGACCAUGUCAAGCAACAGCACGAUAACGCAGCCCAUGUUCUCGAAUAUUAAUUAUUCCCCGGGUUCCACAGGAUCCCACAAGAGGAGUGCCAGGGAAGCCCAAUUGACAGAUAUGGACUCAUACCCAGUCGCUUCCCCGUCCAGCAGACACAUAGGAAGUUUUGAUCAGAUGAUUUCCCACACGGGAGGCUUCACAGCAGCCGAUCUUCCGGUUGGAGGUAACAUGUUUUCCCGGACGAAUUCGGGCUUUGAUCUAUACAGCACUGGAGGAGAGCAAUUUCCGGCCAAUUACACAACUGCAGGCUCACCACUCAGCAAUUCAGGCCUUCCUAUGCUAAGAAUCCCAGAUGAGCCAUACCCGUCUCAGCCAACGUACACUCAAGACAAUUCCCCAUGGUGUUCUUCUUCCGCCUCCGACAGCACUUUUUCGAACCAAUCCGAGCCGUCGAGGAGAGGCCAUUGGGCACCGCGGGGAAGGUCUGGUUCCGUAGCAGAUUGGCCUGUUUCAGCAGCACCAUCGCAGUGGUCGCCCCAAGUAGGAACACCACAGGAUAUCCAUAGCCCCCCGUUCAAUUUCAUGGAUCAAUAUGAUGAGCGCCUUGGUGCGCCGAUAUCUCAUCUUCAGCACUUGGACGUGCCAAAUCCUUAUGGAAGGUAUUUAAUGGAAUCAGUGGGUACUCCAGCCCCAUCGACGAAUAGCAAACCAAUUUCUCAAGUCUUUCCAGCAGCCUCUCGAGUACCCAACGCCGGAUUGGCAGUCGCUAAUACCGCACGAGCGGAGGAGCAAUUAGCAACAUUCAGCUGCGACGUCCCGAUUCCCGAGCAUCAAGCCAACACACUUGACAUGUACAUAAAUAGUUACUGGCUCGAUUUCCACCCAUUAUUUCCCGUAAUACACCGUCCAACUCACAACACUGUGGAAGGCAGCCUCCUUACCACUGCGAUGGCUGCAAUCGGCACGCAAUAUCACCAUACUCCCGAAGCAAGAAUUAGAGGUACCGAAAUGAACGAGCUUUGCCGGAGAGGCAUCGACCAAUGUCCGAACUGGGAUUUGGAGGUCAUGCAGGCAAUCCUCCUCACCGAGAUAUUUAGUCGCUUUCGAGGGCGGAAAACUACCGUGAAGCUCUCGAGGCGGUUCGAAGAUCUUUGUCACCGGCUCCUCACUCGCACUGAUCCGACCUUUCAAGCACCUGUUUGCACCAGCCCGGUUGAUGUUAGCUCUGUCAAGGACCUGCGUGAUCGCUUUGGUCUUUCCGAAAGCACCCGGCCUCUUGAGCAGGCUCGUCCCGCUAAUGGAUGGUCACACUGGGUUCAGACAGAAAGCAAACAGCGACUGCUGAGUGCUUGUUUCAUGUUUGAUGUUCAUCAAGCCCUCUACCACCAGCAACCGAGAUCACGAGCACUCAAGGGGGAGACACAGCCUUUUCUGUCUCUACCGUGCCUUGACACUCUUUGGGAUGCAUCCAGUGCAUCGGACUGGCACAAACUUUACAGCGACCACUCAACAACUCCAAUGCUCCAUCCCUUCGAUGACAAUGGAUCUACUCAAGAUCCUUCUACGGGUUCUUCCUUUUCUCAGUCACUUUUAAUUUGUUUUUUGGCAACGCAACUACCACUCAGUGAGCACCUUACAGCUCCGAACCUUUUUCGAUCACUUCCUUUGGACUCUGGGAUUAAAACCCACAUGAGCACAUUUACUACUUCGCCCUUGGCUCAAACUUACCUUGCCUUGCAUCAAACGCCUCUUCACGAUCUUCUGGCUGUAGCUGCGGAUACCUGGAUCUUUUCGCAGAAAGUCACCCCGCCUCAGGCUUUUCAAGAUGCACAAAGGCGGCUGCAAGCAUGGUCCAAAUCACCAAACGCCGCGCAAGCUACUCAUCAUGCAUGCCAGAUUCUCUCGCUUAGCCUGUCACGAUCACCCAAACAUUCAAGUUUGUGCGAUAGUAACGCGUUGGUGUGUAUGAGUGAGUACUGGAGCUUGUAUGUAGCGACCCUAAUAUGCUGGGCGUUCGGCCAUCGAUUUCAGAGUACGAACAGAAGCGGGCACUCUACACGAAAUACCCCAUCCGCUAUAACAGGAACCGAAAACUCCGACGAAUCGACCCAGCUUUACGCCAGGGCUUAUAUCAACGGCAUGCUAGCGUUGAGUGUUGAUGAGUUACACAAGAGCCGCAACCCCAUAAAGGGUGAAACCUCUAGCAUUCUCGAAGUUGUGGGCCAACGACUGAGGAUUGAGGGCGCAAAUGUCGGGGGCAGAUGCAGCAUGCUUGUGGACUGCAUUGGAGUCCUUCGAAAAAUAUCCAAAAGUGGAAGUGCCAAAUGGUUCUGA